UGACCUCUCCGGUGACGCUGCCAUUCUUCACUUGUGAGGCGAAACAGGGCUGCAACUGACGAUUACUUUCAUUAUCGACUAAUCUGUCGAUCCUUUUCUCGAUGAAUCGAUUAGUUGUUCGUUUUAAAAUGUCAGAAAACGGUGAUGGACGUCGAUCGGUGUUUCCCAAAGCCCGAGGCGACGUCCUCAAACGUCUCGUUUAGUCCACGACCCAAAGGUGAUCAGUUUACCGUCACAGAGGAGGAAAGAAAGCAGAACAUAUUCACACUCGAGAAGCUGAAAUCAGAGAAUUUGGACCCAAAAUGAUUAAUCGAUUAUCAAAAUAGUUGACGAUUAAUCGACUAAUGGUUGCAGCUCUGUACCUGAAACAGAAACACCUGAAGCCAAACAAACGUCUUUCAGAAGAGACGUUUCUCGGUUCCCCGGCCUGUAAGGCGCUAACAAGAUUUCCGGCCAUCCGGCGAGUUCCAGUCCCGGAUCAGGGAAACUUCACUGGUCAAUAAUAAGCAGAGACUGAGAAAAGUUACAGACACUCUGCAUCUUAACGCGUAUGGACAUUUUUUAAUAAAAUAUUUGACGUUUGAAGCUUUUAUAUUUCCUUUGAUUUCCAUGGAUGUGAUGACAAAUUUAAUAUUUGCAGCAAGUGAAACAGAAACUCAACAGUCAUUAUUCACUUUAGAGUCAUCUUUUUCAUAGCAGUUGGCUAUUACAUUUUCUAUUUUUCUUUACGCAACAUGCAAGGGGACAAAAAUCUGUGUGUUGAGAAAACACUCGUCUGUAUUUCUAUCGAAUACAGAAAUAAAUGUAGAUUUCUAGAAAUAGAGAAAUGUAUUUGCUGAUUAAUUACCGACAUUUAUUUCUACACUUAACACAUAUACAUUUACUUUUAUUAGUAUGUAAUCAUUUCAGCCUUUACUUAUGUAUUUAUUAUUUUAUUCAUUAAAUUAUUUAUUUAUGUUUAUUGACGAAUCAGUCAUUUAUUUUUUUUGUCCUCUACAGAUUUUAUUUUGAAAAAAAUAUAAGGAAAUCCCCGCUCUGGUAGAAAUAACUACACCAAGUGUAAUUUUUUCAGCCACAACAGAUUAAAUAUUACUGUUAGAAUGAAGUACAGCAACAGCAGUGUUUGACUUACAAGUUUAUUUUUAUUAAUAAUUGACAUUUUGAAGUGAUAUCGCUUUUAUCCUGAAGGAUUCGGGUCGGAAGUUGAUUUUGUUGCAUUUACCGGAACCUCGAACUAUUCUGCUCACUACACCUCUGUCGUUGUGUUAUAACGGUAGCGGUGUUGCAACGUGAGUCGUCCCCCCCUUCGCAGAAUGGGUGCCCACCGACUCACUUAAUAUUUCAGCGAUGUUUCCUUGAUUUCCGCAGCAAACGGUCGGGACACCGGCACGGAUAAAGGCGGACGGCGACUACGGGUGCGGAUGAUGCUGCAGCGGGUGGCGGUCGUCGGCGCCGGGGCGGCGGGACUCUGUGCAGCCAGACACAUCCUGUCCCGCCGGAACAGCUUCGCCCCCCCGGUGGUGUUCGAGCUCACCGGCAACAUCGGCGGCACCUGGUGUUAUGAUGAACGCGUCGGGGCGUACGACAACGGACGGCCGAUUCACAGCAGCAUGUACAAUAACCUCAGGACCAACCUGCCCAAGGAGGUGAUGAUGUUCCCCGAUUUCCCCUUCGACCCCCAGCUGAACAGCUUCCUGCCCCAUCAGGAGGUCCAGAGGUACCUGGAGGGAUACUGCCAGAGCCACGACAUCCGGCCUCACAUCAGGUUCAACACAGUGGUGGAAAACGUGAAGCCCGUCGUCGUGACUACGGAGGGCGAGGAGGCGAGGACAGCGUGGGAAGUGACAUCAUCUGAUUUGUCGGGUCGUCAGAAAACGGAGACCUUCGACUCGGUCUUCGUCUGCUCGGGGCACUACUCCGACCCUCACGUCCCGGACAUCCCGGGGAUAGGGAACUUUAAAGGAAAGGUGCUCCACAGUCACGCGUACAGGUGUGCAGAACCGUUCUCGGGUCAGUCAGUGGUGGUUCUGGGAGCCAAAGCGUCAGGAUUGGACAUUUCCAUUGAACUGGCCAAAGUCGGUGCUCAGGUGACUCUGAGUCACGGCCGUCCUCGUUUCACCUUUCCUCUCCCUUCCGGGAUUCGUCAGUCCAGUCCGGUGGCGGCGGUCCAGGAGGACGGCAGCAUUCGCUUCCAGGACGGCUCUGUGGGCGGGGCUGACGUCCUGAUGUUCUGCACCGGGUACAACUUCAGGUAUCCGUUCCUGGAUGCGGCUCAGCUGGGUCUGGAGAUCCAGGACCACGUGGUGUCGCCACUGUACCGCUUCCUGAUGCCCCCAGCCUUCCCCUCGCUCUUCUUCAUCGGCAUCUGCAAGAUCAUCUGCCCCUUCCCCAACUUCAACUGCCAGGUCCAGUUCGCUCUGGCCGUGUUGGACGGCUCGGUCACUUUACCGUCUCAGGCCCAGAUGGAGGAUGAGGUCCGGCGGGAGCUGCAGGAAAAGAUGGCGCGUGGAGUCCAGCAGCGCCACCUGCUGAUAAUGGACCAGGAUCAGUGGGAGUACUGCCAGGCGCUGGCUCGCGCCGCCGGCUUCCCGCCGCUGUCGCCAGUUGUGCGCAGCCUGUACGAGGAGGUGUGGCGACAGCGACGAGUUCACCCCGAAGACUACCGGAGGCUCAACUACCGGCUGAUCAGCGACACCCAGUGGGAGCUGAUCGAUUGAUUGAUGGAGAAACGGAGAUGAAAGGUUAAACAGCAGGUGUACAAAAUCACAGAAACAUCAUAUGAUACAAUACAGCGUUAUAAACUUUAGAAACAGCAACUUCAUACAAGAAGAACAGCUGAACAUGCUUAACAUUAAAAAGACAAAACUACUUAAUUAGAGAUAUUAGAGUCCAGAAAACAGAAGUUUUCUGAAGCGCAUCAUGACUGUCAGAGGUGUUGAUUCACCUCUGAGCUGCUAAACUAAACUUCUAUUCAGUGUUGAUGGAUGUAGCUGCACUCCAGAUACAAUCACCUGCACUCGAGGGAUGACGGUCGUCGCUCGGUCGCUCCUCCACUUCGGUCCAGUCUGAAACAUCAGCAGCUGCUGGACUGUGAUGAGACGUGCUUCAUCGUUCAUGCUCCCCUCAGGAUGAACUGUAAUAACUCUGCUGAUCCUCUGACUUUCCAUCUAGCGCCACCAUCAGGUCGACAUGUUAACGUGUCCGACACUUUGGUUUGUGACCAAACACCUGCAGAGCUGCUGACGCUCCCAUCAGCCUCAGCUGCGCUCUGUGUUCACUGCUAAUUAACACGCUAAAUUGAGAUGGUGAACAUGGUAAGCCUUAAACAUCAGCAUGUUAGCAUUUUCAUUAUUUUUCAUUUUUGCUAGCAUGCCGACGUUAGCAUUUAGCUCAAAGCACCUCUGUGCCUAAAUACAGCUUUAACACAGACGCUAGCGUGGCUGUAGACUCUUGAGAGGGAUUUCCUGCACGUAGCUGCCAUUCUGGGGACCGCAAGAACUGUGAUUGGUCAGCCUGGGCUGCUUGUGUUUUCUUUUACAAGUUUCUGAUGGUUUGGGGAGUUUGUUGGGCGCGAAGACGACAUGAAGCAAGUUGAAGAAAGUUAUCCUGUUAUCUGCUGCUUUUCACUAAAAACUAACAAAGACAUCUCCACCGCUAACCUUCUGCUCUCCGCGACCACGUAACGUUAACGUGAUCACUUCUGCUCUCGAUUGCACGGUGGUGGUCUGUUAGUAAUGAGAACCUUCCCACCGUCGCUCUGUAUCACAAAGCGAAUGAAAGAAUGAAAACACAAAUAUGAUACGCUGAACUAAACAUCGAGAACUACGCUGUAGAUAUCUAUGGCCGGAGUGCUGUAACACCUUUAAACCCACCGUGACUUUUUUCUCCCGAACUGUUGCUAAGAAGUUGGCUGCGUUUGUUAAAGAACGUAAUGAUCGCUGAGGGGCUGAAACCUGUUCUGCAAUUUGUGGUGUGACUGUCGUGGAUCCAACACUUUACUAUCGUGGCUGUAAUGAACACAGCAGCCUCAAAUUAACGUUGUACAUUCAAACUACCUCAUUCAUUUCAAUGAAAAUGAUUUUCUGACCAGUUGUGCGGCACUGUGUACUUACUACCAUCCAGAGCCAAUCAGCAGUCACUUCAGGGUCCUUGGCGGGGCCGUUGUGGGGUCUGUCAGCGGGUGGACAUAAUCGAAUCAAGAUAAUAAUUUUGGCGAUCCUCUGACUUUGAAUCUAGCGCCACCAUCAGGUCGACAUUUUAAUUUGGUUCAUGACCAAAUACCUGCAGAGCUGAUGACGUUCCCAUCAGCCUCAGCUGCACUUUGCGUUUGCUGCUAGUCAGGUAAUGUUAGCAUGCUAACACACUAAACUAAGAUGGUGAACAUGCUAAACAUGAUAGCAUUUAGCUCAACUAAGGCUGAUGACACAAAUGUCACUUGGUAUUCGAUACCGUUAACCACAUUGUGCUGAUAUCCAAACUUCAUUCCUCACAGUGAUUCAGGGGAAGAGUACAAUGUGUUCACCCUCUGUGCCGAUAGCAUGGGGAUACCCAUGUAGAUCAACAACCUACCUGAGAGAUGUCCUGGGGUUGGCUGCCAAAUGUAUGCCGACGAUACGGUCAUUUAUACGUCUGCCAGAACAACUAGCGAAGCCGCUGACCAGCUUCCUGACUCGUUGCGUGCUGUAUCGCAGUGGCUUGAGUCCUCUCACUUAAUGCGGAAUGUAAUAAAAACUGUUUCAAGCUGUUUUUCUAUACGCAAACGUCACGAAAAAUUAAACAUUCAUGGUAAAAAAUAAAGACCGAGGUAAUCGGUGAGGUUGGCAACGUGAAGUACUUGAAAUCGUCUUAAAAGAUUUGAUAAACAAGUGAAUAAUAUUUGCACAAAAAAAAAAAAAGUUCAAUCAAAUCUCAGGUGUUUCAGACUCAUCAGAAGGUAUCUGCCGUUCAGCACAGCCCACCUCUGCACGCAUGAUAUUCUCACACCUGUCAUACUGCAUCGCUUCCUGGUCACAAUCAGCUAUUAAACCACAUCACUAUAUAACCAGACAACAAAAAUCAUGGACCAAAAAACCAACGAGGUGGCAUCACCGUCACGUCUGGGACAAACCGCUUCGAAAGCUUCCUAAGUUAUUCCGAAAAGCUAAAGCGUAUUUUUAGAUGGCUAAAUGGUGAUGCGCCUUCCCUGCUUCACGAAUUUGUUGCAAGGCAGCAGCAGCGUCGGCACGCGGGCCUCAACUGUUUUAAUGUUUUCAAUGGAGGUGAAACAACUUUGUUCUCACACCUAAUACCCCUGCACAGACACACCUGGAUUUGUACCUGUAUUGUGUUUUCCUUCUUUGUCUUUUUUCUAUUUUAACUUUUUAAAAAAAAAAGCCUCCUGUUGUAAAUUAGCGUUUCGCUACAAACAUUAAAUACAGUGCUGUGCUAUUGCUGUGUCCGUGUCAAAUAAAAUAAACUUAAGAAUGAAUUAGA